CUGUAUUCCGCAGAUGAGGUGUUGAAUGUGAUAAACGAGUAUGGAAUUGAAAGUGUGGGUGGAAGGGAUCCAGAGGAUCGUGUGCGGUGUCACCGAUAAAACCACCUGCCAGGAUGUGGUGUAUGCCUUGGCUCAUGCCACAGGGAGGACUGGGAGGUUCACCUUGAUAGAACGAUGGAGAAAUAAUGAAAGGUUACUUGCUCCCCAGGAGAAUCCACUUAAGGUGCUUAUGAAAUGGGGAGAAUACUCAACAGAUGUGCAAUUCAUCCUUCAGAGAACACCCUUGGAGAAGGAGACUUCUUCACCUUCUGAUGCAAAGCCCUGGGCCAAACAUGGCCCAGAAUCCAAGAAUGUCAAAAGAGACAAUGUGGGUAUUGUGAAAGGGGUACCACAGCAACGAGAUAGCAACAGCAAGAGUGAACCUGGCAAUUUCCUGACUAAAACGUGUGACCAGGAGAAGCCAGGAGGGAGUCAUCGUGAAGGGAUCUCUACAGGAAGUGCCCAGUUCUGCAGUCCUGUAGAUGGCCCAAGCCCUAGUCAGCUGCCUCUAGGACUUCCCCCCUACCGAGACCCACCCCGGCCCUCUAGUCCCUGGGACAAGAGUCCCAUUCGUCCCCCACCGCCUUACCGAGAGCCUCCACCUGUAAAACAGCGAACAAUUCCACCCAGGACCAUGGCAGGGAAUUCAUUUGACAGGGAUGAAGAUGCACGCACACCUAGUCCUGAGGAGAUGAAAAACUCCCGGUUUGCUGAAGUCAGAUCUCCUACCCCUACUCCACGACGUCACCUCCUCAAGGAAUUCAAGUCUCACAGUGCAGGGGAGAAAGAUUCUUUCCCUGGAGGAUCUCCAUCCAAGAGUCCCCGAUAUAGGGAACUUCUGGACUAUGUGAACUCACAGCGGGAACACCUGUCAUACCAGCAAGCCGAAAUCACUCAAUAUGAUGCUGAGAUCCAGUACUGGGAGGUGAAAGCACGGGAGCAACAAAAGUACUUUGACCAGAUCAGCCAGGAAACCCUACGGCUUGAGGCUCUCAACUGCACCCAUGAGCAAGAAGUGAGGGAGCUACACCAGAUUGAAGAGGAAAUGAAGCUGUCAAGUCAGAGGGAGAGGACUCUCCAGUCAGAACUGACACUUCUUCGCUCCAAGUUGGCCAACUGUGAAACCCAGCUUCUGCAAUGCAAGAACAAAAUAAGGAUUUUAAUGGAGGAAGUGAGCGAAGAGCAGCGCCUUCUGAGUGAGCAGGAAAUGCUUGAAAUUAGCCAUCAUGGUGAUGAAGACAGUUCUCUGGGGCUCCAGGAGGAGAUCCAUAAAAAGCAAAUGGAAUACACAGAGCUGAGUGCAUCUAGUCAGGAUCUGGAAACCCAGAUUGUGAACCUGGAGGAGGCAAUUGUGGAGAAGAAGCAGCAACUUGAAGUGCUGCUUGGAGAAAUGAAGCAGAUGAAUCUGGAGAGCCUCAGCUUCCUUCCUUUGGCUGAAGAAGUUCAGCAUCUUGUUGAUGGAGGGAGUAUCCAGAAGCGGAGAAUGGUAGGAUCUCCUCGCCAGUUAGAGACUGCUGCUCCAACACCAAAGAACCCCCAAGGUGUCUGGGUUUGAUUUAAAAAAAAAAUGUUAUUCCUCUCCAGCAAAUCAGAAUCUCCAGUGGUUGUCUCUCAUGCUAGACUUGAGGCCCUAAACUCCUCCUCCCAUCUUGCUUAUGGUACAACUGAGUUUGAUAUUUGUCCACUGACCUUACCAUUGAGAUUGCAUUCAGGCUGUCAUUGCUGCUUAUUGUGUUAUUCAAUUCCUUC